ACAUGAAAUUAACUGGAUGGGUUUCCCGACGAGAGAGUCAACCUCUCAACAAUGCAAACGGAGGACGUCGUCGUUUUGAGAAUAAAAUGACAAAAACGACAGAUGAUAGUUGCGAUGAAUUGAAGGUCGAUGCCGCUGGAGAAAAUGACGGAAGUUUGCGUGCGAGUGCGAGGUGCAGUUGAAGCCAUUCAUUCUUGUCCGUACCAAACCGUCCUUUACCUCGCUGGCGGAGCUUCUCAGCUUCUCGGCUGGCUGCUAUCAGUUCCAGGUGCUUCAAAUACCGUCCUUGAAGCUCUGGUUCCUUAUUCCAGGAUCUCCAUGAUUCAGUUACUUGCCAAGCGUUUGUGGUGAUGGCUAUCCAUGCUUUGAACUAUCUGCUGUUAAUGCAGAUAAACCCCCAUUAUCAGUGUCUCAGAUCAAAGAUCGUGUCAAACAAUUUGAAAAAGUUGGAAAGACAGUAAUUAUAUCCAAUCAGCCUUUUUUUUAUAAGAAGGCCGAACUUUUUCCGGGCAGUGCUUUUGUAAUUGGUGCUGACACAGCUGUGAGACUUAUCAAUCCUAAAUAUUAUGAUGGAGACUACAAGAAGAUGUUGAAGAUACUCCUAGGUUGUAAAGAAACAGGAUGUACCUUCGUUGUGGCUGGUCGGAAUGUAGAUGGUGUUUUCAAGGUUCUUGAUGAUAUUGAUGUUCCAGAGGAACUGAAAGACAUGUUCAUCUCCAUUCCAUCUGAACAGUUCCGCAUGGAUAUAUCCUCCACUGAGCUAAGAAAACGAAGUGGAAUGUAGAAAUCUUAUUGCUAAAAAUCAACUUUUGUAUAGUCCAGAAUGAAAUCACUUACCACAAUGAAGCAUGAAACUGUCAGAGUCUACACGUUACAAGUUAUUUGUGUGCGUCAGACAAGUACCUAUUUGGCUAUUUCUCAUGUAAGACACCUAUCUAGCAGAGUCAUAGAGACGUGUCUGUAUCACUGCCCAUGUCUUUGAAUGGUUGAUGACUUUUUACAUACUACAUAUCUAUCUUUUGGGGUUUUCUUUUUAUAGUUAGUACUUGAUUGUUAAAGAAUUUUAAAAAAUAAAAUUGCUGUUAUGUACUUAUGUACUUAUAUUCAUUGCAUAAUUUGCAUUGAAAAUUCUUAAAAUGUCUAUUUUUCAGUCAGAUUUUAAUCAUUGAUUCAUUGUUAUAUAGAUUCAUCAGUUUCUGCUGGAACAAAAAGAUUACAGUAGAGAGAAUAACAAGACUUGGCCUUGUACAAUCAUUCACGGUGCCUCAUACUAAGUAUAAUAGUAUAUUAUAUUUUGAGAUACAAUGAAAAAAAUUAAACAAGCAUGCAUGGUUGCAUACUUGCAUGCCUCCUUCGGUUCAGGCUGAGAUAUCAUAUGAAGAGGGAACAGUCAGGUUCAACCACCACAGCCUGCACCACAGCCUGCACCACAGCCGGUCCCACCGCACCCGGUGGUGCACGCUGAGCCAUUCCCAUAGUUGGCUGCAUCGGCUCUGGAUGAUUUUUUGGGUACUCCAUCUGCACAGAACAAGAUGAUAACUGCAAAAAGAGACAGGGUUGCUAAUAUAGCCCACAACAGAAAAACCAGUCUUCCAAGCUCUUCACCAUAGCUGUCACUAUCACCUUGACCUUGGUAUCCUGUGUAUUCCAUCUCUUUCCAUAGCCUCACCAUCUUUCUAUGAAUCUCCUGAUUCUAUGUGCAAAUGCAACCCAGCUUAUAAAAGGGAUAAUUGCUGUUCUUCGAGAACUAUGAAGAGGUGAUGAGAAAAAGUCUCUGAUCUAAGGAUAUGGCACAAAGGAAAAAGAAGGUGAAUGAUUAUAAGGAUUUAUCCAGUUG